AUGAAGGUGCUUAUUCCCCUCGCCACCGCGCUUGCGGCUCUUGUUCCCCUCACGCGGGCUGAAGAUGCCGGCGUAACCGAACCAGUUGCUCCAGCUUCGCAGUUGGAUGAGACUACCCAGGAGUUGGAGGUCGACGAUCCCACUGCUGUAAGCAGUGAAGAAUCUGAAGAAACCUCUCCCCGGCUUUUCUUCCUGGACAGGCUGUAUCACCAGUUCCUUCAAUCAUUCUAUAAUGCAAAGUUUCCUCCUCCUCAUCAUGGGCCACCCCACCACUACCCUCAUCCUGAGCCUCCCCACCACUACCCCAAACCUGAGCCACCCCACCACUACCCCAAACCUGAGCCUCCCCACCACUACCCCAAACCUGAGCCUCCCCACCACUACCCCAAACCUGAGCCUCCCCACCACUACCCCAAACCUGAGCCACCCCACCACUACCCCAAACCUGAGCCUCCCCACCACUACCCCAAACCUGAGCCACCCCACCAUCAUCAUCAUGAUCACAAUCAUCAUCACCACCACCACCACACCCCACCACACCCUCCGAAGACAACCACCACCACUUGCCCACCAACUACCACAACGACCACGUGCCCACCAAGCCAUCAAAAGCCUCCUCACAACCAUCACCACAACCACCAUCACCACCAUCACCACCACGCUCCUCAACACCCUCCUAAGACUACCACAACGACCUGCCCUCCAACAACGACCACCACCACCACUCCCUGCCCCCCUGAAAAACCAGAUAAGCCCCACCACCCUCAUCCUCCCCAUUUCCCACACCCUUCUCCCCCGCAUCACCACCGCCCCCACCCCAUGCCUCCCCACCACCACCACCACCACAACCAUCACCACCACCACCAUCCCGAGCAUCCCCACCAGGAGGAACACAAGCCCUCGCCCCAUUCCUACAAUCCCGACUAUGCCUGGUAA